UUAAUAUGUCCGUCUACACAGAAGAGUACUUGAAGGAGAAAUUGACAAAGGAAUUGGAAGCCGUUCAUGUUGCCCUAAUCUGUUUUGAUAAUCGAGAUGGGAAGGCGAUCUAAUCCCGAUAAAUUCUUCGUUACCAAAGUAGUGCUAUUGCCGGGUAUAUUUUUGGCACUGUUGGUGCGAUGGUGCGUCGCGUCCUACCCCUACUCGGGCUACCAGAAGCCGCCGAUGUACGGGGACUACGAGGCGCAGAGGCACUGGCAGGAGAUCACGUUGCACACACCCUCAGAUACGUGGUACAAGAACACUUCACAGAAUGACUUGCAGUAUUGGGGCCUGGACUACCCGCCGCUGACUGCAUACCACAGUCUGCUGAUGGGACUCGUGGCGGACUGGCUGGACCCGGAGUCCGUCCGCCUGUUCGCGUCCAGAGGCUACGAGACCGAGAGUCACAAGAUGUUCAUGAGAUGGACUGUGUUUUUGAGUGACCUAUACUUCUUCGUCACUUCUGUGCUGUGUUUGUGUAUCGAGCUCGAGAGAUCGCGGCAUAAGGACGACAAAAAUGUAUUCAAGCGUACCGACAUAGCCACGACUCUGUUUCUCCUGUACCCGGGGAUUAUUUUAAUAGAUCACGGCCACUUUCAAUACAACUGCGUCUCCUUGGGCCUAUUUUUAUGGGCGACCUUCUUUUUAAUAGGCAUAGAAAUGGAUAUAUUGUGCACAAUACUAUUUGUCUUCGCACUAAACUACAAGCAGAUGGAGCUGUACCACGCUCUGCCGUUUUUCUUCUACUUGUUGCGAACAUGUUUUUUUGUUCAGCCCAAACGCAAGUACUACAAUAUAUUCAAAAAGUUUAUAAAGCUAGGUAUAACCGUCGUAACUACUUUUAUAUUAGUCUGGUAUCCUAUCUCCUCAUCGAUGGAGUAUGUCUUCCAGAUCAUACACAGGCUGUUCCCCCUGAUGCGGGGAGUAUUCGAGGACAAAGUUUCCAAUAUAUGGUGCUCCGUUAAUAUAUUUAUAAAACUCAAAACUAUCUACACGAACGAGGAGAUGGUUAGUAUGUGUUUUCUCACCACGAUGAUGUCUGCCAUGAUAUCAUGCUUAGAUCUAUUCUUUAGAUUUAACAAAAGGAAAUUUGUUUUAUCGUGUAUAAAUGUGUCUCUAGCAUUUUUCCUAUUCUCUUUUCAAGUGCACGAAAAGUCUAUAUUGCUGGUGGCUAUUCCAGUAGCUUUGCACUUUCCGGAGGACCCUUUUAUGUGCUUCUGGUUUCUUAUAGUGUCCACCUUUAGUAUGCUACCUCUACUUCUUAAAGAUGGUCUCUUGAUACCGCUCAUUUGCACGAGUCUAGUGUACACGGGGUGUUAUAGUAUUGCUUUACAAUUAGCAGUGCCCAGUUCAGGUAUACUGUCAUUCUUUAGCGCCAAAACGGUUUACAAAGCAGUGAAUACUAAUUAUAACUCUAUAUACUUAAAGUUCCUGAGCACAAUAUUCUUUUUCUCGCUGCAAGGAAUGUUUUGGUUAGCCUUAGGUACUUCGUUUGUGAAACCUCCGGAAAGGUACCCGGACUUAUUCCCUGUACUGAUAUCAUUGUUUUCGUGCGCACAUUUUGUAUUUUUCUUUGUUUAUUUCAAUUAUUGUCAAUUAUCACUGCCAACGUGUUUAACUGUUGUAUUUAAAAUUAAAAAGAAUUGAUUGUAAACUUUGUCUUAGAGUGACCAGUAGUUUUAAAUUUUAAAUGCAUUCCGAA